GCGCGGAGCCGCUGGCCAGGCCCCAGAGUGCACUGCGGAUACGUGCGCGCGCGGCUCCAUUGAUGAGCGACCGCGGGAAAGUUCUAAAAAAGUCAAAGCAAAACAAAAAACCAGUACGAGGCAAAGUCAAAUUUUCAAGCCACAGAACCGGGCGGUGGCAGCCUUUCCGUCACUGCCCAAACUGCUGAAACAGCUCUGGCGCGGACCAGCUGGGCAUUUGUCACUUCUUGAGAAGCUGGGAGAGACCAAGAACCUAGAAGAGGGCCUGUACUACUAAAAGUGAGAGAAGUUAGCAGACUUUUGGCAAUUUCACAGGAUUGGAGAGACAUACAUUGGAGUUCCAAAGAUUUGAUGUGUGUUCACUGUUUCCUUCAGUGUGUGACAAACCACUGUGAAGGUACAUCACCUUUUCUCUUUUUCUGAGAUGGCUCAAGAUUCAGUAGGCCUUCCUUCUGAUUUUCAGUUUUGGAUGCAGAAGCUUUCCGUAUGGGACCAGGCAUCCACUUUGGAGACCCAACAAGACACCUGUCUUCACCUGCCUCAGUUCCAGGAGUUCCUGAGGCAGUUGUAUGAAUCCUUGAAAGAGAUGGAUUCAAGUGCAAUUAUUGAAAGAUUCCCCACAAUUGGUCAACUGUUGGCAAAAACUUGCUGGAAUCCUUUUAUCUUAGCAUAUGAUGAAAGCCAAAAAAUUCUAAUAUGGUGCUUGUGUUGUCUGAUUAAGAAAGAUCCACAGAAUUCUGGAGAAUCAAAACUUAACUCCUGGACACGGGUAAAAGGGUUGUUAUCUCAUAUACUUUCCACAUUCAGAUUUGAUAUAAAAGAAGUUGAUCUUUUUACUCAAGUUCUUGGGUAUGCACCCACAGAUUACUAUUCUGGUUUACUUAAAAAUAUGGUUUUAUCAUUAGUGUCUGAACUCAGAGAGAAUCAUCUUAAUGGAUUUAACACUCAAAGGCGAAUGGCUCCUGAACGAGUAAGGUCCCUGUCACGAGUUUGUGUCCCACUUGUUACUCUGCCAGAUUUUGAACCAUUGGUGGAGGCUCUGCUCACCUACCAUGGACAUGAACCUCAGGAAGUGCUCUGGCCUGAGUUCUGUGAUGCUGUGAAUGAGGCUUUUUUGCUGAAGAAGAUUUCUCUCCCCACGUCAGCUAUACUCUGCCUCUGGCUUCGGCACCUUCCCAGCCUUGAAAAUACAGUGCUGCAUCUUUUUGAAAAGCUUAUCUCCAGUGACAGAAAUUUUCUGAGGAGGAUCGAAUGCUUUAUGAAAGAUUCAUCGCUGCCUGCAGCUGCCUGCCAUCCUGCCAUAUUCAGAGUUGUUGAUGAAAUGUUCAGGUACGCACUCCUGGAAACUGAUGGAGCCCUAGAAGUACUAGCCACUAUCCAAGUGUUUACACGAUGCUUUGUAGAAGCUCUGGAAAAAGAAAACAAGCAGCUGAAGUUUGCAUUCAAGACCUACUUUCCAUAUGCAUCUCCAUCUCUUGUCAUGGUGCUACUCCAGCACCCGAAAGAUAUCCCACAGGGACUUUGGCACCAGGCACUGAAACAUAUCUCUGAAAUGCUCAAAGAAGUAGUUGAAGACCAAACUCAUGGGUCCUACGGAGGCCCCUUUGAGAGCUGGUUUUUGUUCGUUCACUUUGGAGGAUGGGCUGAUAUGGCGGCCGAGCAGUUACUGACGUCGGAAGCUGAGGCUGAAGCUCCAGAGGCCCUGCUGUGGCUCCUGGCUUUCAGCUGUGGUCCAGGAGCUGAGCAUCAGCAGAGAGCACAGAUCAUGGUGGAGGUGAAGGCAGUGCUCAGCUGCCUCAUGAAGCUGCUCAGGAGUCCAACCUUCUCGGCCAGGGAUCUGCAGGCAGCAGCUGGAGAGGGCGGGGAGGGAGCCUCCAGACCGCCUGCCUGUCAGCAGCUGAUCAGGCGCCUCCUCCUGAACUUCCUGCUCUGGGCUCCCGGAGGCCACGCGAUUGCCCAGGAAGUCAUCACGCUCAUGGCUCAGACUGAUGCGAUAAUGCACGAGAUUAUUGGCUUUCUGGACCAGACCUUGUACAGAUGGGACCAUCUUUGUGUGGAAGCCCCUAGGUCGAGAAAACUGGCCAGAGAGCUCCUCUCAGAGCUGCGUGGGCAAGCCUAGCCCAGGCCAGUUAACCAGGGAGGCUACGCGAUGAAAUGGUGGGGCUGCUUCUUAUGGCCUCCGUUUGUCGAAUGCAUUCCCUCUUUGAGUUGCAAGAAUGAGCCAUAAACAUCUUGGCAAGAUCUGGUAGUACAUAUUUUACAAAAUGAGAAGUCAGGUGCUUUAGCCUGAAUUCAGUGAGAUUUACUCACUAAUGACGGGAUUAUGGUUCAGCAUUCCCUGUGCCUGUUCAGCCCGGAUGUAGAUUAGAGAAUCACUCAAGGAAAGGCUUGGAUGGGAGAACAGAUUUUUAUUUCCUUCCCCGCCCCCCCAUAUCAAACCAAGAUGCACAACUAUUAUUUGGAUGUUUCAAACUCUUUGGACCAAGAAAUUGGUCAUGAACCACUGAUAAUUUAGAAAGUAACUUAGCCGUUUUCCACAGAUCUCUUUUUUAAGAAGUCCUGUAAUUGUUACUGGUAUUUCGUCUUAUCCACCGGGAUACUCUCUUGCUCCCCUAAGACGUUCUUCAUCCAGGAUAGUCAGGAUCCCUCAAGUUUCCCUCCCAUGUCCCCUGAGCAGAGCCCACCCAAGCCCAGUAGCAAGUAGUGUUGACUGGGGAGCAACACUGCUUAGCAAUGAAGUAAAGCCAGCUUUGGGGUUUUUUGCUUUAUACUGGCUAAGCACUGGCUGUUACUAAAAGAGCUCAUAUUACCUCAAAGGUGGCUGACAGGGGAGGGUACAGGACGUGUACUAGAAACAUUGGAAGAGAUUAUGUGUCAGUUCUCUAUUAACUAAAAUGGAAAUUGGAAACUUUUAAUAAAGAAUUGGGGGGGUUCCCUGGUGGCACAGUGGUUAAGAAUCUGCCUGCCGGGCUUCCCUGGUGGCGCAGUGGUUGAGAGUCCGCCUGCCAAUGCAGGACACGGGUUCGUGUCCCGGUCCGGGAAGAUCCCACAUACUGUGGAGCGGCUGGGCCCGUGAGCCAUGGCUGCUGAGCCUGCACGUCUGGAGCCUGUGCUCCGCAACGGGAGAGGCCACAACAGUGAGAGGUGCACUGCAACGAAGGGUAGCCCCCGCUCACCGCAACUAGAGAAAGCCUGCGUGCAGCAAAGAAGACCCAACGCAGCCAAAAAUAAAUAAGUAAAUUUAUUUUAAAAAAAUAAAAAAGAAUUGGUGACGCCAACAUUAAUUUUAUUUCACAUCAGUUUUUUCCUUUCAGGUUUAUUCUUUUGCUCUUUUGUGUAUGAUCUGUUUGUCGAGUGAGUCCAGACUUCUCUCACUUGGAUUUCUGCAUCAGUCAUCUCUGAAUUUCCCUCAUUCUUGGCUCCUGUUUGAGGUAUAAGUAGAGUUUUGAUGUAUUCGAGGUUGAGCUUUUAGGGGAGUUACUUGUUUUGGUAUAUGGAUCCACCUGAAGAUCUGGAAACUUCCAAGACCUGACCUGAGCCUUUCUUUAGAGAAACGUUACAGUAUGAAAGGUAUAUUGUUAAAAUACUUUUAUCACAAGUGCCGUCAUCAUACGCUUCCCUUGGUGUUGAGGACGCCUCUCCUAUGUUGGCUUUUGCCAGGGAAGCUGUGACCAACCUCUGUGGACAUGAAGAAAAGGGCUUAGUUUGGUGGCAGUGAGUAACCCCUAAACCAAGCCGCCACUGGGAACCAGACCUCCCUGUGGGGAGUGUGCUUCCACAUGGACAUCCAUUCACACUGUAUUUCACAGCAAACAAUAAAAACAAGACGGUUAUCUCAGAUUGUUUAAGCUGCAUUUCUGGAAAGUCCCUUCCUGUCCUGACCUUACCCCAGUCUGUUUGUAGUAUUUCCCAAUUCCUUUACAAAGCCUCUAACGUUCUCCUAAGCCUUGGACUUGGAUCAAAGAGGACAGAGCCCAAAACUACAGGGAGAAGAGGCAUUAAUGACCCCCUGAAUACAGAGGUUAUGUUACUCAGCAGGACUUCAUGAUGUUUGCAGAGUUUGUUAGCUUUUUAAAAUUUGUAAUUUGUUUUAUAGUUUGUCAUUCUAAAUAAAAAGUC